CUUUUUUCCACAUUUUCAAUUGCUCAUGUCAUGUUGAUCAAAAUGUAGUAAAUGGUUCUCUGUUGAAUAGUCUUACCCCUCAAAAUAUCUAGGCAUUAGUUCUUUGCAUAAGCCAUUACAUGCAAAAUUGUUGAACUAUUUGUCAUAAACUGUCAGGCAUAGUUUUACACAUUUUUUUUAUUAGACUUUUUGUACAAAGAUGUGAAUUGAUGAAUCGUGCAGGUGAAAUUGACCCUCACUCAAGGAAUGUAAAGUGUUAGUUCAACCAACAAUCAACCAGUUGUCUAAAUUACUCAAAGGUGCAUCUCAUGAACAAUCAAUUGGGAAGCAUAUAUAGACAGACCACAACACAGAGUUGCAACUUUCCAACAAUGGAUGGACCAGGAAACGAACAGGGUCAACAGCCAGGAGGAAGAAGAGGAGCAAGGAUGCGUGGUGGAAGGCAAAACAGAGGACGAGGCAGAAGAGGACAUAGGCGCAUAUCUGAUGACAUAAGGGCCACUAUUGUAGACCAUGUUGUCAAUCAUGGCCUUACUAUGGCUGAGGCGGGUCGAAGGGUGCAGCCGAACAUUGGGAGAUCAACCGUGUCCUCAAUAGUUCAAACGUUUCGAAGAGAGAACCGGACAGCAAAAUUACCACAAACCGGUGGCAGAGGACGCCUUUUCACACCUCAACAGGAAGAGGCUAUAUGCACCAUGGUCCGAGCAAACAAUGCUAUGAGACUCAGGGAAAUACAAAGGACCAUUAUAGAAGACAACAAUGUCUUUGAAAACAUCCGUACUGUUAGCAUCUCAACCAUUGACAGGGUGCUGCAUAGAAACCAGAUGAGUAUGAAACAGCUGUACCGUGUACCAUUCCAAAGGAAUGAGGACCGAGUUAAGGAGAUACGGUACCAGUAUGUACAGCGUAUAAUGGAGUUGGAAUCAAGUGAACCCUCUCACAACUUUGUAUACAUGGAUGAGGCUGGCUUCCACCUGACCAAAUGCAGAAGGCGGGGACCAUACAACACCCAGCAUCUACUCAACUUUUUAGAGACUCUCUACAGGGCUCUCAUCCCUGAUGAUGAGAGGGGUCUGUUUAGAGAGGAUUUGCCAAAGGAAAAUAUCCGGUGUGAUGUGGAUGAGAAUAUGUGGGCCGACAGACAGGAACGUCUGGAUGUGUAG